CUGUCAAUAACUUCAGUUCAGCCAAGGUAAACAUACUGGAAACCGGGAAUACGUUGAAGAUCAAAAGCAAACAGACCAAAACCAGAUCUGACAAGAUGGUGUCGGUUGAGGAACUCUCGAAGAGUCAUGUUUAUAUGAAAGAUCCAGAAUUUGUAAAGAAAACAAUACAGCAGAUGACUAAUGAUGGACACGAGAAAUUACAGGUUGUAGCUGAUUUUGAUAGAACUUUAUCCAAAUUUACCAACAAGGGUAAAGUCUGUUCUACUUGUCACAAUGUGUUGGAGGAGAGUAAAGUCAUGCCAGAUUUCUAUAAAGAAAAGGCGAAAGUUUUACGAGAUACAUAUUAUCCUAUAGAGAUGAACCAUGAUCUGACUAUUCAGGAAAAAACACCCAAAAUGAUAGAAUGGUGGACAAAUGCACAUAAAUUGAUGAACCAAUGUAGUGUGACACAGGUUGAUAUUAAAAAUAUGGUUGCAGAAUCUACCGCACAUUUGAGAGAUGGUUGCCAAUGGUUUAUUGAUCAUCUUCACAAACUUGAAAUACCUCUACUGAUAUUCUCAGCUGGUAUUGGUGAUAUUAUAGAAGAAGUGAUUAAACAACAGUCUCAUAUGUAUGAAAACAUGAAAAUUGUCUCAAAUUAUAUGAAUUUUGAUAAUGCGGGUAAAAUGAUAGGCUUUAAGGGAGAUAUUAUUCACAUCUACAACAAAAAUGAGAAUGCCAUCCAUUCGUCAGAUUAUUUUGAGAGGUUAAAUCAUCGAGAUAAUAUACUAUUAUUGGGCGAUUCAUUGGGUGAUUUACAUAUGGUUGAAGGAGCAGAAGUCACUAAUCUGUUGAAAAUAGGUUUUUUAAAUCAAAAGGUGAAAGAAAGUUUAGACUUAUAUAAAGAGAAGUUUGAUGUGGUUAUAGUGGAGGAUGAAUCAUUAGAUGUUGUUAAUGGUAUUACUAAAGCUAUUCUUAAUAUACCUUCACAACAGUAACCAUAGUAACAGUUACCACAGCAACAGUAACCUUCGCGGUAUUGAAAGUAUAAUGGACUGUGAUCUUAUACUAUUUAUGAAUCCUUGCCUUGUUUUUUUUUCAUUUUAUAAAACCAAAUUUUAUUCUUUAGGCCAAGUUCACAAGUAUUCAGAGUUUUUAAUCACACAAAUUUGAUGGAUUUUCAAAUAUAGUCUGCUAUCAUAAAAUGGCAUAUUGUAGCCUUAAAAAUAAACUUUCCUAUCAUCAAAUAGUGGUCAUAUAGCGAAUGCUUAAUUUAGUAUUCAAAUAUUCUAACUUGUUAUUCAUAUGUUGUUCGAAUAUUUAAUUACAUUCAUCAGAUCAUUUUUGUAUUCUUUUUGGUGCAUUAUCAGACCUAUUUCCUCUUGGAGGCAAAAAUUGAUCAUAUUCCUUUAGUUUUAAUUGACAUUGAAUAAUGAAUACCAAAAAAUAACCAUGAAAAAUAAUUUGAAUGUGAAUAUUUGUCUAUGAAAUUCCAAAUUAUAUAUAUAUAACAAAAUUAGAAUCUGCUGUCAUACAUGGUCUAUACCGGUAAAUCACCAGAAUUGUGACUCACUACUGAUUGUCUGGGGCCUGUUUCUCCAAAUCUUAACUAAAGAUAACAACCAAAUUUUAGUAGAUACUUCAAUUGUGAUUGGCUAAGCACUAAAAUUAAUCUAAUAUUAUCCAAUCAAUUUACUAAAAUUUGGAUUUUAUUUUAGUUAAAAUUUCCUGAAACAGGCCAAUGAAUAAUAUGAGUUAAUGGAAACAACUUUUUAAGUAAUAAAUAGUAUAGACUGUUCAACCAGUUUAACUUAAGCAUCAGAAUGGCAUAUUGUAUAGAUAAUGACUUAUGAUAGUCAAGAUUUGUUAGGUUUUAAUCUGCUGUUCUGGGGAAACCUUUCUUUACCAUUAAAAAUUUUCAUUAAAAAUAAACAAUCGUUUAGUUGUGAACUUUUACCAGUGCCAUUUAUUGAGACAGGUGCCUCAAUUACGAUUAACUGUUUAUUCACUUGUUUGAAUAUGCAAGCAGUCAAUAAGAUAUAAUCAUGAUAUAUUUCUAGACACGUUUUGCUCUAUUUAUACAAAAUUUAACUUAGUUCAAACAAAAUCUAAUUUAGUUUAUAUAAAAUAAAAUUUAGUUUAUAUAAAAUCUAGCUUAGUUUAAAGUUUAAACAAAAUCUAAUUUAGUUUAAACAAAAUCUAAUUUAGUUUAAACAAAAUCUAAUUUAGUUUAAACAAAAUCUAAUUUAGU